GAUAUUUGAAUAGACUCCAUUUAUAAUAUUUUCGCAAGUUGUCUUGAUCGUGAUGGUUGGUUUAACUUCUGCAGGUGGAAUAAUUGCUUUGCUUGACGAGUCGGAAGAAGAACUUAAAAUAUAUGCGCUUGAGAAGUUAAAUACACUUGUUGAUCAAUUCUGGGCCGAAAUUUCGGACGCAGUCUCUAAAAUUGAAAUUCUUUACGAAGAUGAAUUUUUCCCUCAAAGAAAAUUAUCUGCUCUUGUGGCAUCUAAGGUUUAUUAUCACCUUGGGGAGUUUGAUGAUUCAUUGACAUUUGCAUUGGGAGCAGAGGACAUGUUUGACGCGUCGUCUAAAUCAGAAUACGUUGAAACCAUUAUAUCAAAAUGUAUAGAUAAAUAUAUUUCCUUGCGUGUAAAACAAUAUGAAGAUGAUCCUGCUAGUAAUAUUCAAAUUGAUCCGCGCUUACAAGACGUAGUUGAGCGUAUGUUUCAGAGGUGUUAUGACGACGGUGAAUUUAAACAAGCAAUUGGAAUUGCUCUGGAAGCUCGUCGUUUGGAUAUUAUUGAACAAGCAAUAUCUAAAGGUCAGGCUUCGGAUCUCUUGGCUUACGUAUUAGAAGUUAGCAUGACAUUAGUAUUAAAUUUAGAUUUUAGAAAUGAGGUUUUACUUCUGCUGGCAAAAUUAUAUCAAAAUCUCGCGGAGCCCGAUUAUGUUUCUAUCAGCCAAUGUUAUGUUCACUUAAAUAAACCUAUUGAAGCAGCUAGAUUGUUAAAAGAUCUCGUUUCAAAAGGAGAUGAGUUUUAUUUGUUAAUGGCAUAUCAGAUUGCUUUCGACCUCGAAGAUAACGCUACCCAAGAAUUUCUCCAAAAGGUUGGUUCGGAGUUACCAGUAACUAGUACAAUAACUAGUACUCAUGAAAAAUCGGAUAGUGAAGCGAUGGAGACUGAUGACCAGGAAUAUUCCACGAGUCCGACUGAUGAAAAAUAUGCGAAAAUUCAACGUAUACUUUCAGGGGAAGAGUCAAUCAAAUUACACUUGGAAUUUUUAUAUCGAAAUAAUCAUACAGAUUUACUUAUACUUAAAAAUACAAAAAAUGCAUUAGAGUCCCGGAACUCAGUAUACCAUUCGGCCGUUACAUUUGCAAAUGCGUUUAUGCAUGCUGGAACAACAAGUGACGAAUUUCUUCGUCAGAAUUUGGAAUGGCUCUCACGUGCUACUAAUUGGUCUAAAUUUAGUGCAACAGCAGCUUUGGGUGUAAUACACAAAGGGCAUCUUUCUCAAGGUCUUUCCUUGCUACAACCUUAUUUGCCUCAAGAUGGAGUGAGUGGAAGUUCUUAUUCAGAAGGCGGUUCUUUAUUUGCUUUGGGACUUAUUCAUGCAAAUCACGGUGCUGGUGUACUUGAUUAUUUGAGAAAUGCUUUAAAAAAUACUCAAACCGAAGUCCUUCAGCAUGGUGCAUGUUUGGGGCUUGCAACUGCAGGAAUGGCAACGGGCAAUGAUGAAAUAUAUGAGGAACUCAAGGAUGUUCUUUUCAGCGAUAGCGCUGUUGCGGGAGAAGCUGCUGGUUUGACAAUGGGACUUGUUAUGCUUGGAACGGCUUCCAAAAAAGCUAUCAGGGAAAUGCUGCAAUAUGCCCAUGAAACUCAGCAUGAAAAAAUUAUUAGAGGUUUGGCAAUUGGGAUUUCACUUAUCAUGUAUGGUAAAGAAGAGGCUGCAGAUGCUCUAGUUGAACAGCUUACCCUGGAUAAAGACCCAAUUUUACGGUACGGUGGAAUAUAUACAGUUGCAUUGGCCUAUUGUGGUACUGGAAAUAAUAAAGCUAUCCGACGAUUAUUACACGUGGCUGUAAGUGAUGUCAAUGAUGAUGUACGUCGUGCUGCUGUUACAGCACUUGGAUUUAUCUUAUUCAGAACACCAAAACAAGUUCCUCGAAUAGUUCAAUUAUUAUCAGAGAGUUAUAAUCCCAAUGUACGGUAUGGCGCCACAUUAGCUUUGGGUAUUUCAUGUGCUGGAACUGGCUUAAUGGAAGCCAUUGAACUUUUGGAGCCAAUGACAAAAGAUCCUGUUGAUUAUGUUCGACAGGGCGCUUUCAUUUCUUUAGCUAUGAUUCUAAUACAACAAAAUGAUGCUAUUAAUCCUAAGGUAUCACCAACUCGUAAAUUAUAUGAGAAAAUCAUAAAUGAUAAACAUGAAGAUGCAAUGGCAAAAUUUGGAGCUGUUCUUGGCCAAGGAAUUAUUGAUGCCGGUGGUCGUAAUGUAACGAUCUCAUUACAAUCAAGAUCAGGUCAUUUAAAUAUGCCAGCUAUUGUAGGAAUGGCUGUAUUCACACAAUUUUGGUAUUGGUUCCCAUUGACACAUUUCUUAAGUUUGGCUUUUACUCCUACUGCUAUUAUUGGUUUAAAUAAGGAUCUGAAGAUUCCAAAGUUUGAAUUUAUUUCUAAUGCAAAACCAUCACUUUUUGCGUAUCCUGCUACUACUAAACCUCCAACAACUAACGUUGUAGAGAAGGUAGCAACUGCUGUACUUUCUACAACUGCAAAAACAAAGGCAAGAGCCAAAAAAUCCGAAAAGGAAAAAGGAACAGAAAAUACAGAUGCAAUGGAUAUGGACGAAAAAAAAGAAACUACAGAACAUGUCAAAAAAGAGGAAGAAAAGGAGGAUAAAAAAGGAAAAAAGAAAAAAGAAGAAUCAUAUGAAACUCUUGAAAACAUGGCACGUGUUUUGCCAACGCAGUUGCAAUAUAUCACAUUUAAAGAAAAUUCACGUUAUAUUCCUGUAAAAAGUGGUGUAAUUGGUGGAAUUUUAAUGAUGGUAGAUGGGUCACCUAAUGAACCUGAAGAAUUAAUUUUACCAAGUGCACCUGUUGCAACUGAAGUUACUGAAGAAGAAGAAGCAUCCCCACCAGAACCAUUUGAAUAUCCAUUUAAUGAAUAAAAUUUGGAUCUUAUUAUAACUUAUCAAUUAGCUAUUUUUUUUAAAGAAUUAGUUGUACUAAUUAUUUUUUUUUAAUAAAAAAUCAAUAGAAAUACUUAUUAAAUUUUUUUGUAAUAAAAUAUAUAUAAAUUUAACUUACAAUAUACU